AUGCGGGAUAUUUGUGGUGGGGUUGACAAGACUGCGGGGAAGAGUGUGUGCCAAUCCGCUCACCAUAAGCUUGUAGACUACGGCAUUGCGGGUUAUCUUUUGCGACAGUCGCACGGAAGCCAAGACGAUCCGAUUCACGAAGAACCGAACGAAUUGCUGCUAACGGAGGACAAGUGCCGAGAUGCUCUACCGAUCCCUGAGGGGUGCGAGCCCCCGGAUUUGAAUGUUCUUCAGCCGGUCGUUCUUCCUCCUGAAGUAACCGGCGGCAUAGUUGCUGACGGCGUCUGGUACGAAGACCUGCGGCACAAGGCGUACUUUGAGUUCAAGCCCAAGUGUGGGCUGCCAUUGAUUAGCCCCUCGAAACGUUACGGGGCCGGCUCGGUGUGGGCACAACCAUGCCAACUGCUGUUCGAGAGCUCUUUCCAGAUGAGUAAUUCCGGAGCGGAAUAUUCGAUGACGUACGACCCGAGACUUAGACUACGUAGCGCGCUGCGAAUGCUACAUCAGCGUGGAAGAAUCAAGUGGUACCAAGAUAGCAACCACAUCCGAACCUGGAUAGAAAAUGGCAUGAGGUCCACUGCCGUGGAAUACUCUCCGCAGGUGGAAUGGAGCUCACACGAGCCACCCCCGCAGACUUCGGUUUCAAACAUGGUCGAAGGGCCUGGAGACGAAGGUCCUGGGGACGAAGGGUCUGGCUCACACGGAGUGCUGUCUGGUGUCAUCGACUUGGUGGGAAGGGCUCUCCGGUGGCUAAGCUGCUUUCUUGCGCUCUCCGACGGCUUGGAAGCGGAGGCCUUCAAACUGUUAAUCAAGAUCAGAACCAAGAUCAGAACCAAGGUUAGUGACCAGGGGCGAGGAUUGCUGUUACGCCACGAGGUUCCCGGUUGGCUAGUGCCUUUCUUAAGGAAGGGGGCCGAGGACCGGCUGUGUCUGGCUGACGUGGCAGCGAUCCACAACCGGAUGGCUGAAGAAGCGGCAAGGCUUUCCGCUGAGUCGCCCGAAACGGUGGAGCCACCCGAAAUGGAAACGGUGUCACCACCGGAAGCUGAUCUCUGGGCGAACGACUGUGCCGCGUGGUUGAGCGCGUACGUGCUGGGCAAGGUCAUGUCCGACUGCAGUCUGUUCAUCGGUGCGACCAGAGUGCACGUCGUCGACACCGGACCAAAGCUAGACAUCACCACCAAGCUUGAACGCUGGCAUGUACGCACGUGGCGGUGCAACGCCGUCCCGUCUCUUAACUGCCGCACGAGCCACGCUUUGCCCUGA